AUGGGAUCUACCAACAUCACGAGAAAAGCGCUCACUCCCAUUCUAUUUUCUGUCGUUCUUUCUUUCUUUUUCUUUCUUUCUUUCUUUUCUUUCUUUUCUUUCUUUCUUAUUUACACUUUUCUUAUUUGUUUGUUUGUUACAUUUAUUUCGAAAUUCUAUUUUCUGUCGUUAUUAGAGAUUUUCUUUUUUCUUUCUUUUCUUUCUUUCUUUCUUAAUCAAAAGACUUUCUUUCUUAUUUGUUUUUUCUUUAACUCUUUCUUUUUUAUUAUUUUAUAUUUCAUUUUAUUUCGAAUUUGUUUCAAGAUUUUUUUUUCUACUUUUUUUUUCUUUUCUUUUUUCUUUAAUUUUUAUUUAUUUUCCUUAUUUGAAAUUUGUUUUAUAUGUCUUAUUUUUUCUUCGUUCUAUUUUUUUUUUUUUUUCUUUCUUUCUUUUUCUUUCUUUUUCUUUCUUUCUUUUUCUUUCUUUCUUUUUAUUUUUUUCUUUACUCUUUCUUUUUUAUUUAUUUUUCCAAAUUUUCUUUCUUUCUUUCUUUCUUUCUUUUAUUUCUUUCUUUUUUCUUUUGUCUUUUCUUGGUUACGAGAUUUUGAAAUUCUUUUUUCUGUUUCUUUCUUUCUUUCUUUCUUUCUUUCUUUCUUUCUUUCUUUCUUAUUUACACUUUUCUUUAACUCUUUCUUUUUAUUAAUGUUUGGUAUAUGUCUUACAUUUAUUUCGAAUUUGUUUCAUUCUAUUUUUCUGUCGUUCUUUCUUUCUUUCUUUCUUUCUUUCUUUCUUUCUUUCUUUCUUUCUUUCUUUCUUUCUUUUUUCUUUUUUUAA